AUGGCGGAUCCAUACGAUGAUGAUGAUUUCUUCGAUGAUCCAGAAACCCUCAAUAUACUAGAAGCUGUAGAAGAACGAGCUAUUCAAGCGUCUCAACAACCAGCAACCAAUAAACCCAAACCAAGAUUUACUCAACCUAUCCAUCAUAAGCUAGCUAGACCUCGUAAUUCACCUGCAUCUUCAGCUGGAUCAACAGCGACAUCAAUAAAUAGACAAAAGAUCAAAGAACCUAGACCCGUAAAUACUGAACCUGGAAUUAGAGGCACUGGGUUCGGAUGGGAAAUAGGUGGAAAACGUUCCUUCGAUGUUGAUAGGCAUAUUGAUAAUGUAAAAAAACGGGAAGCAUAUUGGGGUACAGGUAGUAAUGGUAGUCAAAGAUUGACAAAUGUGUUCAAAGAAGAAGAAGAAGAUGAAGAAGAAGGAUUACCAAUAGAUGUAGUCAUGGAUGGAUCAGGAAGAUAUGAACUUGGAACUAGAUCAGGUGAAAUCGAUGAAGCUGUCAUAACUGACAAAAGAAGAGCUCAACCUUCAAUAUUAGGUGAAAGCUUAGGAUUAGCAGGACCACCGCCUCUUCCCAGAUUGAACAAACAAAGUGAUGAGGCCAUUGCUGCUCGGAGAAGAGCUAUCGCUGCUGCUGCUGUUCCCGCUGUUCCCGCUAUAAACAAUGGUCAUUCGAACGGAAAAGGUACUACACCCGAACCUUUCAAUACAAGGCAACCCAUGUCGAGAUCCAACUCAGCUUCGGCGUCCUCAAACAAUGGUAGUAUAACAAUCAAUCCGCCUCGCAAUAUUCAAGUUCAACAGCAAAAUAACGGUCAAGCGUUCGGUAAUAAUAGAUCUUUAUCUCGGUCAGUCUCUGCUGGCGCUCAGAUAUUCAGCAGAUCAAACGCAGUAGCUGGACCAUCAAGAUUACCUACUAUCCCUUCUCAGUAUUCAUCGAGUCAGAAUGGCAGUACAAACGGAAAUGUCAGUGAUGCCGCCCCACCAAUGUCGCAAGGUUCGGCUGCUAGAGCAGCAGUGAUUGAAUUAGAAAGUGAAAAGAGGAAAAGGCAAGAACUCGAGACACAAUUGUCUGUUCUGCAAGCUCAAUCUGCUGCAUCCAGACCUCUGCCAAAGUUGGAAGCGGAGCAACAUGCUGCUGCUGGAGGUGAUUUGGAUAGAAAAGUUAGAGAACUGCAGAACCAGCUAUGGGCAGCAAAAGGUGAAGCACAAAUUAUACGUCGUGCACAAAGAGAGGAACAUCAACGACAUCUUGACGAGCUAGAAAAGUUGAAACUUACCAUUCAAGACAAAGAUGUCCAAAUCAAAGAGAAAGAGAAUCAAGCCAAAAAGCAAAUGGAGAAUAUCAAACAUCAAGCCGUUUUCUCUAAUCAUGCGGCACAUAAUUCCGCUAUGAAAGUUCGGCAUCAAUCUCAACGUCCUCCUGGCGCAUCCCAAUCUCAAUAUCGACCUUUGCCAACGCCACUGAAAAAUGGUUCUCCGAGUAGACGUCGUAGAGGACAAACCGAUGAGGACGAUGUGCCUCUCUUCAUGUCUAUCAAAGGAAAGGGUAAAGCCCCUGCUGCUGGACCCACUUUCGGUGGAUUCAAUAACGCCUUUGCUGCUACACCUACAACUGGACCACGAGUCAAAAGGCAAAAGACGGCAGAUCUGAGUCCUCAGGCAUCUCCCUCUCGGAAUCCUUCACCUUCGCCAUUCCAAGCUUCCCCCGCCAGGAGCCAAAGGCGUAGCUCACCUGUUGUGGGCGAUGAGGCUGGAGAUGAUGGUAUCGAUUGGGGCCCGGACAUCCAAGGGGAGGAAGUCGAUGUGGAUGGUCAUAUUGAUCAGAUACAAAGCAAAGACGACAAAGCAGAGUUACUAUAUCACUUGUUCAAUCAUGUCCCAUUAUCAAUUUUUCAAAUUACCCUCAAUCUCACAACUGAACCUUCGAUAUAUCGACUUAUGAAUUAUCGACCACCAAUCAAUGUUGAAGGUCACCAAACAUACACUCAGCGUUGUUCAGAUAUCUUGAAAGCGUGUGGUGAUUCCGAUAUGACAUUUGAAGGACUCUCGGAAAUCGUGGCGAACUGCCUGAGUGACAUGCUGGACUGUGUGAGCAGCAUAGUGUCGGAUGUAGCCAAAACAUCUAAAACAGAGAUCGCAGUACUUUGUAAUAUCAUAGCGUUACUUUCCAGCACUACUCUGCUUUUCCCUUCUUUCGCCCGAAUCAUCUUUAUCACAAGAACCACUGAAACUCUGAAAAGUCUCACUCGCCUCAUAUUCUCAGAUAACGUCAAGCUUACAAGCUACAAGGACCAUCUGACAACCGAAUCGAAGUCUGAAGGAGAAGGUGGGACAGAGGAUGCGCAGUCCUGGUACAUAGAACUCGGUGACAGAAUCGCAGAAUUGGGUGAAGUCACCUGUUUCACUGCGGAAGGAUCGAUUUGGAAAGGGGAUGAGUUAGUCGAUGUCAUCCUUGGGCUGACAGCACCUCAUCAAGACAAUUAUAUCAUUAGAAGAGGGAUGGAGCUGUUCUACGUCGCAUCAUUACAUGCAAGUAAUUUCCGAAGCUUGAUCACCUCUUCGGAGACAUACAAAGUUUCUGGAAUGCCUAAUGAAUCACCACUGAUAGAGAGGCUAUCUCGAUACCUAAUCAACCCGUUAAAUUCAGCUUCCGAAUCCGAUUCACUCAGGAUUAGCCUCCUGAUAAUACGAGGCUUAUGUAUGUUAGCGAUAUCACAUUCGGACGCAGUGAUCUUAAUGGGUCAAAGAUCGAUCUUGGUGCCAGCUUUGAUCAUUGUUUUACAGAGGGAAAGUACGAAACUGUAUGGUGUUCAUGGUCACAUAUAUUCCUAUGAAGAUGCACUUUCAUUGCUUUUACCCACUUUAUCGCUUUUCCAUCAUCUGGUUUUCCCUUCGCCAAUCUCUUCGUCCCCAACAAACAUCAUAUCUCAAUCUCAACCUCAAUCCUUGUCGGCAAGAGAAAGAGAAGAUUCAGACCCACCAGUAGGCAUUGAUCUACCUGAAAGAAUAAAUUCAGCUUCGGUCACAAGGGAAUUCAACGGAUUGCAACAUAUGUUCGUUAGUUCAUUAGGUGUAAUGGCAUAUUCUCAAGUCAGUGAGGAGAUCAUCAGUGAAAGUGAUCAAAGGGGAAUACAAUACCUGAGUGGAGAUCUAUUAGAGAACGUAGUUGAAGGUCCCGAAGGAGAUGCCAUAUAUGAAUUAUACGUUUCUUUAGACGACGAAGAGGGACCUGGAGAUGAUGAUGGUGGUGAAGGCGAUGGUGAUGUACUACCUUCAGGAGAAGAUAUAGGUCAAGAAGAAGAUGAAGAAGAUGAAGAAGAAGGAGUGAUGGAUAUUGAUAAAGAGCAAGAUGAAAGUCGAUGGAUAGAACAUGAUCCACCCAAUAACGACAAGAGGGAUAAGAAUGUGAUAAUCAUUGACGAUGAUGAUGAUUGA